GUUGACUCUCUCCCCCAGAAUGUGGACAUCCUGAAGGAUGCGGAGACGGUGCGUCAGCUGGGCAGCAUCCUGAAGACCAACGUGCGGGCCUGCAAGGCCGUGGGACACCCCUUCGUGGUGCAGCUGGGACGCAUCUACCUGGACAUGCUCAAUGUCUACAAGUGUCUGAGUGAGAACAUCUCCUCUGCCAUCCAGACCAACGGAGAGAUGGUGACCAAGCAGCCCCUGAUCCGGAGCAUGAGGACGGUGAAGAGAGAAACGCUCAAGCUGAUCUCAGGUUGGGUCAGCCGCUCCAACGACCCACAAAUGGUGGGGGAGAACUUUGUCCCGCCCCUGCUGGAGGCCGUACUCAUCGACUACCAGCGCAAYGUCCCCGCCGCCAGAGAGCCUGAGGUGCUCAGCACCAUGGCGACCAUCGUCAAUAAGCUGGGAGGACACAUCACCGGGGAGAUCCCGAAGAUCUUCGACGCAGUCUUCGAGUGCACUUUGAACAUGAUCAAUAAAGACUUUGAGGAGUACCCAGAGCAUAGGACCCAUUUCUUCUACCUCCUCCAAGCGGUGAACUCGCAGUGCUUCCCGGCMUUCCUUUCCAUUCCCCCGGCCCAGUUCAAACUGGUUCUGGACUCCAUUAUCUGGGCUUUCAAACACACCAUGAGGAAUGUUGCAGACACUGGUCUGCAGAUUCUUUACACCCUGCUGCAGAAYGUGGCCCAGGAGGAGGCUGCCGCACAGAGCUUCUACCAGACCUAUUUCUGUGACAUCCUCCAGCACAUCUUCUCUGUCGUCACAGAUACCUCGCACACAGCAGGGCUAACCAUGCACGCGUCCAUCCUGGCGUACAUGUUCAACCUGGUGGAGGAGGGUAAAAUCAGCGCCUCCCUCAACCCAGCCAGCCAGAACAACCAGGGCUACGUUCAGGAAUACGUGGCCAACCUGCUCAAGACAGCCUUCCCCCAUCUACAAGAUGCCCAGGUGAAGGUGUUUGUAACAGGUCUGUUCAGCUUGAACCAGGACAUCCCCGCUUUCAAGGAGCACCUGAGGGACUUCCUGGUGCAGAUCAAGGAGUUUGCUGGCGAGGACACCACAGACCUGUUCCUGGAGGAGCGGGAGACGUCGCUGCGGCAGGCCCAGGAGGAGAAACACAAGCUGCAGAUGUCCGUCCCCGGCAUCCUCAACCCCCAUGAGCUCCCCGAGGAGAUGUGCGACUGAGCGCUGCCACAUAGGAACGAACACCACAGUAAACAUGUACAGUUUUUGGAAAAAAGAAAGCCAAGAGAAGCUGGGAGCUCCUCUUGUCAAGUGUGUGUGUGUGUGUGUGUGUGUGUGUGUGUGUGAGAUUGAGAGGUGCUUUGUCGACCAAAUCAAUGCCAAUAUGUAAAUGAGAAUUGCGCCUAUGAUUCGGGCACUCACAUUUUUUUGCAUACGGACGCAUUUUAUACAGAGUCAUUUGUGUAAUAAUACGGUAUUGCUUUUCCCUCUUAAUUCAUGCUUUAUAUGUUUGGUCAUCCUCUGUUUAGCCGUGCAUGAAGUUGAAAUAAUUAUUUUUAACCCUCUUUCUUUCCCUACACCCCCCCACCAACACCCCUUCUAUUUGUUUAUAUGUAAGAUAUGUUAAAAGCACACGUAAAAAGGUUACUUUAAAAAGCGCUGUAGUGUCAGGAAGUGCUCCAAUAGAAAGAACUGUGUGUUUUUUGGAGGAGCCUGCAGAUGAAUGUGACGGUAAAUUACGCUGCUUCCUUUGUUUCUGUUUUGGCAGCAGUUUUUAUGUGGCGAGUCAGGUUUUGUUUGCACCAAAAACUGACUGCUCUGACAUUUGGACAAGAAUGUUAGAUCAGAGGAAGGUUAUGUGCAUAUCAUCCUGUUUGUAAAGCUGUCUUAGUACUAUGGGAACAUAAAGUUGGUUAUUUUUACAAAACU